AUCAUGCAGACGUGACGACACUACCAGCCUCGCUGUGUGUCUCAACAAUACACAUCAGCAAAAACUUGCGCAAUGGCCGUCUCUCUUCUAGUAUAUUACACAAAGCGGGAGCUGGUAUUCAAACAGAAAUCAAUACAAAAAGUACCGAGACUCUCCAGCGCUGUCAUCGCAUCGUGACGUCACCAGGCAACCUGAAACACAAAUUCAGUCAACUUAUGUUUGUCUGCCUUACGUCAUGGGAGGACGACUGCAAGGAGGAUUUGUAUCAGGUGGUUUACGACUCACUGAAACAUGCCUCGAGAGAGACUUACGAUACUGUCGCUUUGCCCGCUUUGGGAAUGGGCGGACUGAGUUAUCCUCCUUAUGAGGUGGCGAUGGCAAUGUUGAGAGCGAUCGGUCGAUUUUUCGCAGACACGCCCAGGACAACAGUGAAAAACAUUCAUAUAUCAGUGCACGGGGUGAACGAGUCUAUACUGAGGAGUUUUGCCAGAAGUUCAAUUCUAUUUAGCAACUUGUGCAAUGAUAAGUUAGCAGAGUUCAGCUAUGCAAAUUGGUUCUUGUCAUUGACAAUGAGACUGUGUCGAGAUUAAAAGAGAACCAGACAGCACCAGCACUUCCCAGUGGACUGAUGUUCCAGGUGGAAGUCCGCUUACAUCCCAUCAUCACCCACUUGGACAAAGCUUUUCAAAACGCUUACAAUGAGGUGAUGGUUCAAACCCUCAAAGAGCGCAACAAACAAGGCCGUGACUGUGCUAUAUCCUAGGUCAUAUUUUAUAGGGUCACCUGCCAACUCUAGGCUGGAGAAUCCAUCUGUUCUCAAUAGUCUUCCCCAUGGGCGUAGCCAGGG